AUGUCUCUUCUCCGGACCACUGCCAUCCUCCUGGCAGCAAGCCCUAUCGCAUCCGCGUACCCUGCCAAGCGAGACGCCAGUGUCUGUACGGAAAUCCGUCAGCGUGUACCCUGGUCAAACCUCACCAUAGAGGAGAAGGACUCUUAUAUUCAAGCCGACCUCUGUCUGAUCAAUUCCCCCUCAAAGGGCGAAAUUCCGGGCGCCGUCUCCCGAUGGGAUGAUCUCCAGUGGCCACAUGUCGUCCAGACUGAUUCGGUCCACUUCGUUGGCGCUUUCCUGCCGUUCCAUCGCUACUACAUGACGGCCCACGAGCGUCUAAUCAAGGACGAAUGUGGAUAUACCGGACGCAUGCCCUACUGGGACGAGACCGCUGAUAUCUUGACCUUCCCCGAGACGGACAUGUGGAGCGAGGCGUACUUCGGCGGCGACGGAACGGGCCAGGGCAACUGCGUCGAGACGGGCCCCUUUGCGAAUCUCACGCUGCGCUGGGUCCAGGACGGCUCGGUCUCGGAGCACUGUCUGACCCGCCGCUUCAGCCAGCGCUCGCUGCAGGCCGCCAGCCUCGACAACAUCGCCAGGUGCAGCGUCAUCGGGAACUACACCGAUGCCUGGCAGUGCUUCUCCAACGGACCCCACGGCUCAGGACAUGGCGGGGUGGGCGGUAUUAUGAGUGAUGCCACGCUGAGCCCCGGCGACCCCAGCUUCUAUCUCCACCACUCCUGGCUCGACAAGCUCUGGUGGGAUUGGCAGGCCCUGGACCUACCAGCUCGACUGACAGACAUUGGAGGCCCCAACCUGCCCGGGUCAGACGCUUUCCCCGGGGGAGGCGGUGGUGGAGGGUUUCCCGGAGGCAACGGCUCAUUCCCCUUCCCCGGCGGCAAUGGUAGCUUCCCCGGCUUCCCAGGAAGCCCCGGAGGAGGAGGAGGCGGUGGUGGCGGUGGAGGCAAACUCCCCGGCAACGGCAAAGGCACGGGUCCCGAGUUCACGGACUACUUUGGCGACAACGGCAAUAUCACGACGCUAAACCACAGGUUGUACAUGGCGGAGAUUUUCCCCAACAUCACGAUUGCCGAUAUCAUGGAUAUCGGGGGCGAUGUCAUCUGUUCCGAGUAUCUCUAA